UUCGUUUUGAACCAGUAGUUGUCUUUCGACAAAAUAGACUAGAAAUAAAAAUGGUUAGAUUUGAUGGAAUUUUAGAACUAUACCCUUAUUUCAUUUGUAAGAAGUAGAAAACGUUUGCUCAUUUGCUGGCACAUGUCACGGCUUAAAAUCAGAAAAUCACCUAUAUUUAAAUGGCACAGGAAAAAAUAUGUUAUACUUGAAAAUUACGAUAUCGCCCAUCUCUAGUUAAAAGAGUGAAUGGAACUUGGCUAUCCGAACUUACCUUCUAGAAUCCGAACUCACCUUGGGUGUCAAAUGUCAACUAGAAGUCAAAAGGUCAAAAGUCAAAACACUCAAAAGUCAAAACUAGUAAACAAACCAAACGGCAAACAACACGUAAUCUUUUUAACAUUAAUAUUAUUACUUGUUCUAAUAUUCCAAAGGCCAAAGUUCAUUUGGUACGAUUUUCAAGAUUUUUCGCUAUUCGAUAUGCUAGUUAUGUCUUUACAGAGAAUUAAUUCCUUAUUAACCUUUUCCUGUUUAAUCGGACUGGGUUUAUCUUUGUAUGCCUACACGGUAGAACUUCAACUUGAAAAAAAUGAGAAAUACGCUCCCAUGUGCGACAUUAGCCCACAAAUGAGCUGCAGCAAAGCUUUUAAGUCACAGUAUGGCAAAGGAUUUGGAAUUUUUGAAAAGCAUUCGCCACUUUACCAUCCAAAUAGCUUAUUUGGUCUUAUGUUUUACAGCAUGAUUGCCACUUUAGCCCAGUCUAACAGCAGAUUCACUACAUUGUUUUCCUUCAUUGGAAUAGGACUGUCCAACUUGAUGUCCCUUUAUUUCGCCUACAUAUUAUAUUUUAUAUUGUCCGAUUUAUGUCUAGUAUGUGUUGGAACAUACAUAGUCAAUGUAAUCAAUUUAAUAUUAAUUCAAUUUAAGAUAAAAACAAUAAGUACCAUAGAAGAGGCUAAAGAAUUAAAUAAAAAGAAAAAAUAGAUAUCUUAGGUUAUGAUUUAACAGAAUUUGGUAUUGAUAAUUAAAAUAUAUCUUUAUUAAUUUAAUAUUUGUUUAGCUAGAAAGACAAACAACUAUGUACCUAACUAUCAAGAAUAUUUUUCUUUAUUAGUAAUUAUUAGUUAGUGGUACUUCCAAAAUCGUAGAUUGGAAAUGUUAACCAUUAUUUCUUUAAGAAGAAAUUUAUAAAAGUAUACUAAAGGAAGGUUACUUAAAUUUCUCAACAUUUAUGUUCAAUUUUUUAAAUUAAUUAUAUUUCAAAGUUAUUCUGUAGUGAGAUGUUAAUUAUAUUUAAAAUAUGCACCUUGCAUUUAUAUAGAUUUCUUGUAAUUUAGUUACAAAAUAUUUGCUGAAAUUUCAAACCAUAUUGUUUUUAUACUGCUUUUUGUUUUAUGUUUAUCUUUGUUAUUUCACCUAUUCUUCAGUUCUUGUUUGUGACUGAUAUUCAUGAAUUAAAAAAGUGCCAAGAGUCUUGCCAAAGUUUUAUGUUCCAUAUAAACCUGUAUUCCACAGCUUAAUAUAGUUUAUUCAUGAUAAUUAUAUAAUAAUUCAAUCCCAAACUUAAAAGUUUUAGUUUUCUCCUAGGAGCAGAAAGUGAUAUUCAAAUGUCAGUUUCCUCCUGAGGCCGGGAACUAAUUCUGUAUAGGUACCUAUCAUAACAACAUAAGGCGAUAUAAAGAAAGUAUCACAAAUCGUUCCAAACUCUAGAACUGGGAGUGCUAUUUGUGUCAUUUCUCAUACAUUUGUUGAUGUAACUACUUUGAAAUAAUUCGUUACACUGGGUUAUGGGUUAUAUUUUGCGACUAAUUGGC